CGCAUGUCAGCCUUGCUGCAGAGCCUCUGCUCGUCGGCUUUCACCAUUAAUCGCGGGGAUGUGUUGACAGCGAGAGGCGACGGACGGACGGCAACCUUUACCCGCCUAAAUAAAUGCAUGCCACGGCCAUGUGAAGGCACAUUAUACUGCUCGGAGACAAAUACCCCCCCCCCCCCCCCCCCCCCGAUCGUCUGUGGCGCAAAGACGACGUUACAAGGCCGAGGAGAACGCAAAAGGUUCACUGAUGGAACUCCCAGCCGCUGCUCGGUGGAGAAAACGACAGGGUGGACUCGAAAUGAAUAAUUAAAAACAAACCAAAAAAAAAAAAACCAAGCAUCUGCUGCUGCAAACUAAGGAAGAUGCAUCUGCACCAGGUGCUGACGGGAGCCGUGAACCCCGGAGAUUGCUGCUACUCGGUGGGAAGCGUGAAUGACGUGCCGUUCACGGCCUACGGCUCAGGUUGUGAUGUAGUGAUCUUGGCUAGCGACUUCGAGUGCGUGCAGAUAAUCCCAGGAGCUCAGAAUGGGAACAUCCAGGUGGGCUGUGUAGAGUGCUCCCAUCAGCUUGGAAGGAUUGCUGCAUCCUAUGGAAACACAGUCUGCAUCUUUGAACCACUCUCUACCAACCCAAAUAAACGCCACAAGCAUCUUAACUGUCAGUGGAAAAAGACAGGGCAGUUCUUCCUUGAUGCCAUCACCUACAACCUGGCCUGGGAUCCACAGGGGAACCGUAUUCUAGCAGCAACUGAGAAACUCCAGCUUUGGGCUCCUCCGCUGGCAGACACACUGAUUGAGGAGGAGGAUGGCCAGAUGACCGAGGACAAACCCCAUCCAGUUCUCAAUGACUGGAACUGUGUAUGGCAGUGCAAGACUGCUGCAUCUGUGCACGUAGCCAAAUGGUCACCUGAUGGAGAGUACUUUGCAACAGUUGGGAAGGAUGACUGUUUACUUAAAGUGUGGUAUCCCACCACUGGCUGGCGUUCUGCGGUGGUAGUCCAGGACCUCUCUGAUAAAAAGCCCCCUGCUGUCCACUUCUCUUUUGUUUACCUGGCACAUCCCCGCUCGGUCACUGGCAUGUCUUGGAGGAAGACCAGCAAGUACAUGUCCAAGGGUUCAGUGUGCAAUGUUUUGCUAACAUCCUGUGAGGAUGGCGUGUGCAGGCUGUGGUCUGAGACCCUGCUACCAGAGGACAGCUUGCUUGGUGGGCAGAUAUCUGAGAACACACACUCAUUUAGCUCCAGUUUGCCAGGCUUGGCAGGCAAUAAGGACAAGAUUCAGCAUGCUUUAGAGUCAAUUCACCACCUCAAGCAUCUGCGCCGGGGAAGGCGACGGUCAUCUGCUCUGGUGGCUCACAGUGAGCUGCUACCCUCUCAGAUUGGCACGCAGGACGCACACACUCACCGCCACAUUGCACAUCAUGCCAAUGCUUUGUGUCACUUCCACAUCUCCGCCAGCAUUAACCCCAACACAGACAUCCCAUCAGUGCUGGCAGAUUCUACAUUGUUCAACACAGAUGAUGGCACAGGGGCAGGAGGAUUUGUAGUUCACUGGCUCAAUAAUAAGGACCUAAGCUUUACCUCCUCUAUGGAUGUUUUUAUGCUACAGCUUCGUAAGCUCUCUGAACAGCAGCUUGACAAUGUCACAGAAUACACCAUUGACCCUGAGGGAUCCCCUAUAAAGUUUGACUUUGACCUGGAUGAGAUGUCUGACAAGGCCUCAUCUGAGCAUGGAGAGGAGCAAGAGCCAGGGGAGCAGGGAAGUACAAAGGCAUCUUCCCCAGGAUCCAGCUCCAGCUUGCCUUUGCCCUCAAUGCUGCUGGAGAGGAAAAUGGAGAUUCUAACCACAGAAUGGAACAAGAGUCCCGACAUGCUUUUCACAAUCCACCCAACUGAUGGUUCUUUCCUGGUUUGGCAUGUCAAGUACUUGGAUGAAUUCAACCAAGGGAUCUUUAGACAGGUUCAGGUGUCUUUCUCUUCGCGUAUACCAGUGGCAUUUCCUACAGGUGAUGCCAACUCACUGAGUAAAAACAUCCUGAUGUACGCCUGUACUUUGACGGAAAUGGAGAGUUCCAGGACAGGUGCGCAGGGCCAGAUGGUUCAACGUGUCUCCCACUCUGCCUCAUCCUCAGCUGGCUUUGGUUCACCUGUUAUGACACCUUCUUCUAACCCUAAACCUGGCAUUAGUCCAGCUGUCAUGAUGGUUUCCAAGCAUGUUGAUGGAUCUCUCAACCAGUGGGCUGUAACAUUUGCUGAGCGUUCUGCAUUCUCAAAUGUACUGACCGUAUCCCACAAGUUUCGCUAUUGUGGCCACCGUUUCCAUUUGAAUGACCAAGCCUGUCAUACAGUGCUGCCAUUGCUGCUCACCUCUUCACACCAUAAUGCGCUCCUCACGCCUCCCUCGGCUCCUGGCAGCAUGGAAGAAGAACAACUUCCUACCGUUCUCAUACCAAAGGGACUUCCUAGGAAGCAGCUUCGUAAUGCAGCAACAAGGACCUUCCAUGACCCCAAUGCCAUAUAUAGUGAGCUUAUCUUGUGGCGAGUGGACCACAUUGGACCCCUGUCAUGCACUGGGGGCGUCUCUGAACUGGCCCGUAUCAACUCUCUACACACCUCUGCUUUUAGCAAUGUUGCCUGGUUACCUUCACUUGUCCCCAGCUCUGUACUUGGAACCUACUGUAAUAGUGCAAGCGCCUGCUUUGUGGCAUCAGAUGGUAAGAAUCUACGCCUCUACCAAGCUGUUGUGGAUGCCAGAAAAUUACUAGAUGAACUGUCAGACCCAGAAACAUCUAAACUAGUAGGCGAAGUAUUCAACAUCGUCAGCCAGCAGUCCACCGCCAGACCUGGAUGUAUUAUAGAGCUGGAUGUCAUUACAAACCAGUGUGGUGCCAACACUCAGCUACUGCAUGUCUUCCAAGAGGAUUUUAUUUUAGGUUAUAAACCUCAGAAGGAACCAGAAACACACACAACUACCUUUCCAUCUAGUGAAGAUUACCAACCUCCCCCUUUUUCGGAGAAGUUCUUUUUGGUGGUGAUAGAAAAGGAUCUCAACAAGAACUCUGUGCUACAAAUGUGGCAUCUGCACCUACAGUCUGUCCAGGCUUGUGUUGAUGAUCUCAGCCAAGAUUUUGGCUUCCAGAGCCAGCUAAUGGUUCCCAAUCAAGUUAUGAAUGUCGACUCAUCUCCAGAAACGUCACCUAUCAGGCCUCUGCCCCGCUCAGCCUCCACGGCCAACAUGCAAUCAGCCAGCAAACUCAUCCUUAGUUCCAAACUGGUAUACAGCAAACGACUCGACUUGCCCCAUGGUGUGGAGGUUACCAGAGCCACACCUUCUGCUGGUCAUCUCAGUUCCUCCUCCAUUUACCCAGUUUGCCUGGCUCCAUAUCUGAUUGUUACUACCUGCUCGGACUCUCGAGUGCGGUUUUGGUGCUGUGCUGUAGAGGGGGCUGAUGGAGAUGGUGACAAUGACCAGGACAUGCGGUUCUACCGCUGGGAGCCGUGGGAUCUAAUGAACGAGGAGGAAGACAAUAACAGUGCUGUGUUGGUGUCAGGGAGGCCUGUUGCUGUGUCUUGCUCCUACAUUGGUAGGCUGGCUGUGGCUUUUAAACAACCACGCCAAGGACAGAUUUCUAGGGAGGAGUUCUCCAUGCAUGUGUCUAUUUAUGAGUGUGAAUCUACUGGUGGCUCAGAGUGGGUAUUGGAGCAAACUCUUCAUUUGGACGACUUCAACAGACCCUCAUCAACCCUGGGCCCGAGAGUCAGCGUUGACUCCAACCUCUUUGUCUACAGCAGAUCUGACCUGUACAUGUGCCGAGACCACAACUCUCCUAACAUCAAGCACUAUGUCCACCUGGACUGGUUGUCAAAAGAAGAUGGAUCACACAUUCUCACUGUGGGAGUUGGAUCCAACAUUCUGAUGUACGGUAGAAUCUCUGGCAUGGUCAACGAACAGACGAGCAGCAAAGAAGGUGUGGCUGUCAUCACACUUCCUCUAGGGGGCAGUAUUAAACAGGGGAUCCGCUCUCGCUGGAUCCUGCUCCGGACCGUGGACCUGCUGUCCUCUGUGGAUGGCACGCCUUCUCUACCAGUCUCAUUGUCCUGGGUGAGGGAUGGCAUCUUAGUGGUGGGAAUGGACUGUGAGAUGCAUGUGUAUGCCCAGUGGCACCAGGAUAAGAAGCCUGUUGAGGGACAAGAAGGCAACUUGUCUUCUGCAGACAUUGCCGGAGGUCAUACCACUGCUUCUUCUUCAGUUUUUGAAGGGAGAGCGAGAUCUAAGAGUGUUUUCGAAGGGUGCACUGCCGUAGAUGAGGCACUGCGUGCUCCAGCAGGACUUGAGGAGGGUGGACUUUUUGAGGCAGCUCAUUCCUUGUCUCCAACUCUACCCCAGUAUCAUCCCACCCAGCUCCUUGAACUCAUGGAUUUGGGAAAGGUUCGUCGUGCCAAGGCCAUUCUUGCUCAUUUAGUUAAGUGUAUUGCUGGAGAGGUCGCUGUGGUAAGGGACGUAGAGGCAGGUGAAGGAGGAGCAAGAAGACAUCUGUCCCGAACCAUCAGUGUGACUGGCAGCACCGCAAAAGACACAAUAGUAGCUGGUCGUGAUGGAGGACGGGACUACACCGAAAUCAACUCCAUCCCCCCACUCCCUCUUUAUGCACUCAUGCUGGCCGAUGAAGAUACUUCCUUCAAAGGAGCAGAAGAAGCUGUCAAAGGACCCAAGGUGGCUAAUGGUGAAGCAGGACCGAAGUCUACUGAGGACCAAUAUUCUGACCUAUUUCAGGUGGCAACAGUCACUACAGAUGACUUUGUGAACUUUGCAACUGACAAGCCAGAAAAGAAGUCCCGCGUUAUCAAUCUUUCCCAAUAUGGUCCUUCCUACUUUGGACCAGAGCAUGCACAGGUGUUGUCCAGUCACCUUAUGCACUCCAGCCUCCCUGGACUGACCCGACUUGAGCAAAUGUUCUUGGUGGCCCUGGCUGACACAGUUGCAACCACCAGUGCUGAAGUCACCAGCUCCACUGACCAACAGUAUACAGGAGGCGAGGCUCUGGAUGAAUGUGGACUAAGGUACCUGCUGGCCAUGCGUCUUCAUACUUGUCUUCUCACCUCUCUGCCCCCACUCUAUCGCAUGCAACUUCUCCACCAGGGUCUGUCAACGUGCCACUUUGCCUGGGCCUUCCACUCUGAGGCUGAGGAGGAGCUGCUCAACAUGAUCCCAGCCAUGCAGAGAGGUGACCCACAGUGGUCUGAACUCCGGGCCGUGGGUGUCGGUUGGUGGAUACGCAACAUCAACACCUUGCGGAAAAUUGUGGAAAAGUUGGGUAAAGCUGCAUUCCAGAGGCACAACGACCCUUUAGAUGCUGCUCUGUUCUACCUGGCCAUGAAGAAAAAGGCUGUACUUUGGGGCCUCUUCAGGUCCCAGCAUGAUGAAAAGAUGACUCAAUUCUUCAAGAACAAUUUCAGUGAAGACCGCUGGCGAAAGGCAGCUCUAAAAAAUGCUUUCUCCCUGCUAGGAAAGCAACGCUUUGAACAGUCGGCCGCCUUCUUCUUGCUAGCUGGAUCACUCAAAGACGCCAUUGAGGUGUUGAUGGAGAAGAUGGAGGAUCUCCAGUUAGCCAUCAUAGUGGCAAGGCUUUAUGAAGCAGACUUUGAAAGCUCGCCCACCUGCCAAGGCCUCCUUUAUGAGAAGGUUCUUGGUUGUAACAGGGACGGGAGCGGUUACCACUGUUCUAGACUUCACCCUGACCCGUUCUUGCGCAGUAUUGCAUACUGGAUCAUGAAGGAUUUUACCCAAGCCCUGGACACACUCUUAGAGCGCAUCCCCAAAGAUGAUGAUGAUAACUCCGAUGUCAUGGUCAAAUCUUGCAACCCUGUGGUGUUCAGUUUCUACAACUAUCUAAGAACACGUCCUCUCAUUAUCCGGCGCCACUUUGCAAGUUCAGAGGUUACAGCAGCAACUGUGGGUUUCACUGCUGAAAAGAGCAGUGCAGAUGAGAUCAACCUCAUAGAGCGCAAAUUAUUCUUCACCACUGCUAAUGCUCAUUUCAAGGUGGGCUGCCCAGUUUUGGCCCUGGAGGUGCUCUCCAAGAUUCCCAAAGUUACCAAGAAAUCUGGCUCAUCUCUCAGCAAAGCUUCCUCCAAGGCUAAUGUAAACUCAACUGAGCCACUGAAACAGGGCACAGGUUUGGACUGGGCUUCUGCUGCUUCUGAAUGGGGUGGAAAUGAAAGUGCAGGAGGCCUGGAUUGGAGCCAACCUGAGCUCAAAAUGCAGGACAAUGAGUUGCAGCUGGACUGGGGUGAUGAUAAGGAAGAAGAAGAAGAUGAUGACAAUGAUGACUGUCUAACUAUGAAGAAACUUGAAAAUGAAACUGAAAAAAAAUUGGAAGAAACCUCUGAAUCCAAACAAAAAGAUGACUCACAGGGUGAGUCUGAGGUAGAUGUGAUAGCUGAGCAGCUGAAGUUCCGCGCCUGUCUGAAAAUCCUAAUGACAGAGCUUCGCACUCUAGCCACUGGCUUUGAGGUAGAUGGAGGGAAACUUCGUUUUCAGCUCUACAGCUGGCUGGAAAAGGAGAUUGCUGCCAUGCAUAACAUAUGUAACUACAAGGUAGAAGGAAAGGAGGAGCCGUCAGAGGCAGAGCACUCGGCUGAGCGAGCAGCAUCGGUGGACAUAUCAGAUGACAUGUUAGAGAGAAUAGACGCUGGAGCCUAUGAGCGUCACCAAAUGGAACGCCGCCGUCUUCAAGCUAAGCAGCAGCACUCUGAGAGGCGCAAAGCUUGGCUGAGAAAGAACCAGGCCCUUCUGAGGGUCUUCCUUUCUUACUGCAGCCUUCAUGGAGCCAAGGGAGGCGGAGUAACCUCUGUGCGGAUGGAGCUUCUGUUCCUUCUUCAGGAAAGCCAACAGGAGAUCACAGUGAAACAGCUGCAAUCUCCCCUCCCUCUACCAACCACAUUGCCUCUGCUGUCAGCCUGCAUUGCGCCCACUAAGACAGUUAUAGCCAACCCUGUGCUUCACCUCAGCAACCACAUUCAUGAUAUCCUCCACACCAUCACCCUCAUGGAACUUCCACCACAUCCAGACAUCAAAGAUGACCGGGUAAAUACCCUACACACACUAGCAGCUUCUCUGUCAGCUUGCAUUUAUCAGGCACUGUGUGACAGCCAUAGUUACAGCAGCCAGACAGAAGCCAACCAGUUUACUGGCAUGGUGUACCAGGGCCUGUUGCUCAGUGAGAGGAAACGACUCCGCACAGAAAGCAUAGAGGAACAUGUAACUCCUAACUCAGCUCCUGCCCAGUGGCCAGGUGUAUCGUCCCUGAUUUCAUUGUUGACAACUGCCAGGGAGGAGGACCAGCCGAGGCUCAAUGUGCUGUUGUGCGAGGCAGUUAUGGCUGUUUAUCUGGCCUUGCUCAUCCAUGGCCUGGGCACUCACAACAGCAAUGAACUAUUUCGCCUUGCAGCUCAUCCUCUCAACAACCGCAUGUGGGCCGCUGUCUUUGGAGGAGGAGCAAAAGUAGUUAUUAAGCCAAAGAGGCCUGAUGCACCACCAGUGCCAGCUGAUUUUGAGGCAGCCAGGCCAGAAGAGUCUCUGGAGACACAAAGACCUGAGCAGGGCAGCCUCACCAAAAUCCCCCAACCCAUUCCCAAUGAAAACCAGUGUCUCAAACAGUCCCCUCCUCCCGUUUUACGGGGAGUUGGGCCCGGCACUGUGACACCAGCAACUAAAACCAGCUUGAUGCUCCCUCAGCCCCCUGCAGAGGACGUGGAUCGAUACAGGCGCAGAUUUAACAUGAGGAUGUUGGUUCCUGGACGCCCCGUAAAGGAGACACCAGCAACCCCCCCACCUGUGCCCAUAGAGAGACCCGCAUACAGGGAAAAAUUCAUUCCUCCAGAGCUCAGCAUGUGGGACUAUUUUGUGGCCAAACCCUUCCUGCCGUUGUCAGAUAGCAACACUUUGUGCGACUCUGAUGAAAGUGGAGCAGAGGAGGAUGAUGAUGAUGAUGAUGCCUUCCUUUCGGACACACAGAUGACUGAACACUCAGACCCCAACUCCUACAGCUGGGCUCUGAUCCGCUUGGUCAUGGUUAAGCUGGCUCAUAACUGCAUUAAGAAUUUUCUGCCUAUCACUGGCCUCGACUCUGCAGACUUGCCAGUCACUUCACCUCCUACCAAUGCUGUGUUGAAGACCCUGGAGAACUGGGAACAGCUUUUAUUGGAGCCAAUGAAUAAAUUUGAUGGACCACCUCCCAAUUACAUUAACACUUACCCUACUGACCUCAGUGCUGGAGGUGGUCCUGCCAUACUGCGACACAAGGCAAUGUUGGAGCCAGACAACACUCCUUUCAAAACAAAGAAUCACCAGUCUUUUCCAGCCCGACGUCUCUGGCAUUUCCUGGUCAAACAAGAGAUUCUCCAAGAGACUUUAAUUCGUUAUAUCUUCACCAAGAAAAGGAAGCAGAGCGAGUCUUUAGAGAACCAUAUGGACCAUGUAAGCCCAAACUGCAUAGCUGGAGCUAGCAGUCUCAAUAAGGUGGAGGCAGAUCUGGGCUACCCAGGAGGCAAAGCAAAAAUCAUUCACAAGGAGUCUGACAUUAUCAUGGCAUUUGCAAUCAACAAGGCUAACUCAAAUGAAAUAGUGCUGGCCUCCACCCACGAUGUCCAGGAGGUGGACGUGUCUACGCUUGUGGCUGUGCAGCCCUACACCUGGAUAGGGGAUGAUUUUGAUAAAGAGUCACGCAGCUCUGAUGACAUUGACUGCCGCUCAUCUCACACCAACAUUGCCCAGGCCAGUUCUGUCCCGUUUGCACCACCACAGAUCCCCGUCUCUGCAUCAAUGCCAUGGCUUGGCAGUGGGCAGACAAGCAUGGGAGCCAGCGUGAUCAUGAAGCGGAAUCUAAAUAAUGUCAAGAGAAUGACCUCCCAUCCCAUAUAUCAGUAUUACAUGACAGGGGCUCAGGAUGGCAGUGUGAGAAUGUUUGAAUGGAACAGACCUCAGCAGCUCAUUUGCUUCAGACAAGCAGGCAACGCUCGAGUCACCCGACUCUAUUUCAACUCCCAAGGCAACAAAUGUGGAGUAGCUGACGGUGAGGGAUUCCUCAGUCUGUGGCAAGUCAACCAGACAUCCUCCAACCCCAAACCCUACCUGAGUUGGCAGUGCCACACGAAGACCUGUGGAGAUUUUGCUUUCAUCACAUCCUCGAGUCUUAUUGCCACAGCUGGACAAUCCAAUGAUAACAGAAAUGUGUGUUUGUGGGACACUCUGAUUUCACCCAGCAAUACUAUGGUCCACGCCUUUCCUUGUCAUGAGAACGGGGCCACUGUGCUGCAGUAUGCUCCUAAACAGCAGCUGCUGAUCACUGGAGGCAGAAAGGGCUUUGUGUGCGUGUUUGACAUCCGCCAGAGACAGCUGCUCCACACUUUCCAAGCCCAUGACUCCGCCAUCAAGGCUCUUGCUCUGGACGCCUUCGAGGACUUCUUUGUCACUGGCUCGGCAGAAGGCAACAUGAAGGUGUGGAAGCUAGCUGGCCACGGGCUCAUGCACUCUUUUGGCAGUGAACACGCUAAACAGUCCAUCUUCCGCAACAUCGGCGCCGGAGUCAUGCAGGUGGAAACCCGGCCCGGUAACCGCAUCUUUACCUGUGGGGCGGACGGCACCCUGAAGAUGAGGGUCCUCCCUGACCGUUACAACAUCCCCAGCAACUUGGUUGACAUCCUGUAAAUUCUGCUCUCUCUUUUGUGUGCCCAAAGAGGGAAUAGGGAAAAAAAAGAAUCACAAAAGCUUAUGUAACACUUGCAAGGCUUUAAGAGUGUAAAAGAUGGGGAAAGAGCUGGUCAAAGGAAUACCUUACUUUUGGCAUCUUUCAGUGUUCAUAAGUAAACAGUUGAUCAUAUCUUAAGUGACAGAGCUGCAAAUAUUAGUUUUCCCAAAGGCUGAAAGCAAAGGUAACAUACUUGAUUUUAAAGCUAGAUUUUAUUGUCAUUUUAUUGAAGAAUCGCUACUCUUAGAGCGUUUUCAUAGAGAAGCUAUGCAUGUCCUGUUCUCGUUACGCGGUGCAAUCACAGGUCUAUUGAUAGUGCUCUGUAAAAGUGCUCUGGCAAAACUUUAAAAAAUGUGUAACUGUUGUCAUUUUGUGCUCACAGCUGAACUCUCUUAGCAUCUACUGUAAACAGCACUGUGGUUUGUUCUUAAAUCUGUGGUAUCCAAGUGUGAAUCAAGUUGUUGGACAAUUUCUUUUUAUGGUUUUUAAACUCCUCCGUCUUUUAUGCCUGGCUUUUUAUCAGUCCUUAUGGAAGAGUUGAUGGUGCAUUGCUCCUGUAGUGACAUCCCCUACCCCACUGUCACAGACCAGCCCAGUAACACACACGGACCUGUCCGGUUUUGGCUUUUGUGUGUCUGUCUGUGUAUUCACUUUCCUGUGUCUGCCCUCCUACCUGCCUCCAAAUGCCUGUUUUGUGUGGCAGCAUCACUGCUAGAACAUUCCUGUUUGGGAAGAUGUAUUUUAAUCCUGUGACUGUGAUUUCAGUGUUUCCCUCUGUCUGGUACCAUUAAGCCGCCACAAAGACCCCACGGCUCCUCCCUUCUAGUUUUGCACAAAAUGAUGUCUUGUCUUUUUCUUCCUUAGUUUUCUAAAAAAUGGUAUUAUUUAAAUUAUUUGUGUUUGUUUCGUUGACCAUUCCUUUGUGAAACCGUUUAAGUGAAUGCCUUUUAUUUUAGGAAUGUAAGGGGUUUGACUUUACUUGACUGGGAGACGUGCAACACAGUUUGUUGUGUGUAAGUGUGUGUUACCUUGCUAGUUUGAAACGGUUUAUUUAUAAAGAACAGAUAUUUGCACUCAAAUUAUGGAGACACUAAAGGUUUUAUUUCAAAUAAAUGGGUUAUUGAGGAAUGAUCUGUUAAAUACGAAUGAAUGUCUUGCUGUAUUUGGCCUAGUAGUCAAAUGUUUAAAAUUGUUUUAAUAUAUAAAUAUCUAUAAAUAUAUGAAAUAUCACAGCAGCUUGUACAAACAUGAAAGCAUUUGUUUAUUUUUGGUUUGUAUCAUACCAGCUGAAUUAGUUGACUUUUUGUUGGAUGUAUGUAAGGUUUUUAUUAAACAAAUUUGUGUUUGGCUCCCCCCUUUCCGCCCACUAUGUGUAUUGUUCGUGUUCUACCAGUGGCCCUACUGGUGCCUCGUAUGUGUGUGUGAAUGUGUGUGUGAGUGCAUGCAACACAAAACUAGUAUCCUGGACAGGUGCUUACAAGAGUGCCGAUGCCAGAAAGAAAGAACAGGUUGUGGUGGGAGAUUUACCUUUGUAAAGUGAAUAAAUUAUUUUUAUUUCA